CACCCACCAUACCCUCCUCUCUUCCAGUUUCUAGUCCUGUAACCCAGAGAAAUCCAAUGCAGUUAAGGAGAUCAACUCGGGAAAAAAGACCAGUCACCAGAUUAAAUCUCUAAUUAUUCGUUAUUGACUCUUAAAUUUUAAUAAUUCAUAAUUAACCUUUUAUUUAAGCGCCAGAGAAUUGUCAUGUAUUUUAUCUUCAGUGUAAAUGCGCCUUGCAGCGACUCAACUCAACUCCACCUUUUGUUAUCCCGCGCUAGUCAGUUGUUGUUCAGCUUUAAACGUAACAAGAUGUAAACCUCACCUUCUCCCUAAUAAAAUAUGUUUUACCUUGAUUCUAGUAUAUAAUAAUUUGGCGACGAGGAUAAAAGAAUAAUAAUGACGGAACUCAAUCAAUUAAUUACAACUCUUCAAGAAUUUGUUCAAUCAGUAAAAUCAACACCAGAAUCGAAACGAAGCGCAAAAGAUGUCAUCGCUACUCAAAACUUAUCAUUCGAUCCUUUUGAUGCCGCUGUCGAAUCCUUUGAUUGUUAUUCUCAACGACUUGAAAAUUAUUUCAAAUUAAAAGGACUGUCAGCAGAUGAUCCAGAAACAGAAGAAUUAAAGGUACUCGUAUUAAUUAACUGUCUUGGCUCACGACAAUACCAGCUGCUUUCGAGUCUUACUGCACCGGAUAUUCCGUCGACAAAAACAUUUCAAGAACUGCUAUUGCUUUUAAAGAAGCAUCUAUCACCGAAACCGAAUGUUCUUACCGAACAACAUAAAUUUUUUUCUAGACAUCAACAUCAAGGCCCAGGACAGUACACUUUUCUCUUCCAGUAUCCAGUUCUACAUCCACCAUACCCUCCUCUCGUCCAGUAUCCAGCUCUACACCCACCAUACCCUCCUCUCUUCCAGUAUCCAGCUCUACAUCCACCAUACCCUCCUCUCUUCCAGUAUCCAGCUCUACAUCCACCAUACCCUCCUCUCUUCCAGUAUCUAGUCCUGUAACCCAGAGAAAUACAAUGCAGUUAAGGAGAUCAACUCGGGAAAAAAGACCAGU